GCUCCAUCUCUGGCAGGUGGUGCAUGUUCGUAAAGAGCUGUAAGGUUUGGGAAGAGAGAGAGCUAGUAUUAGGAAAUCAGCGUACCUUGGUUUACCUUUUGUUUUUGUUUUCUUUUUUAUUUUGGUUUUGGGUAGAGUGCCAUAUAUGCUGUGCAUUGGUUCUGAAACGAACUGGACAUUGUUUGUUUUUCCCCAAGCCACUUUCUGUUUGAUACAUACAGUGCUGCAUUUGGUGAAUUGUGUGUUGAAUUACGGGUGCAAUCUAUGCCUGCAAUGAGGAGAGAACGGACUGAAUAAAUGUUGAUAGUUUCUUUGCCAAUUCUGGACAGAAUGAACACCAUCGAACCAUUCUGAAGGCAAGUUUUUUGAUAUUUUCUCAGAAGACUUCAUUUUACUUUGUAUUUUUCCUCCAAACACAUUUUUAAGUGACUGUGUCCAUUUGUCUUCAGUUCGAUUUCAUACCGUGGAGCCUAGUCACGAUGAAGCACGCCUGAAAGGAGUUUUUUUUUUUUAAAUGAGGAAGCAAUUUUUAAAAGAGAUACGAAAAAGACAGAGGCCUCGUCCUUUGUAGGCCCGGAUCUGUGGGGGAAAAGGGGGCACUGAAGCCCGAUGAAUAAAAUUUUGAAUAAAAUGGGACUCAACGAGACACGCGAGGAGAAGAGAAGCAUAGAUAUUUUAUUAAUGACAGCGCGUUGUGCAAGUUUACCUCUCAGAACAAAAGGAAGUACUUUCUGUCUUUAACAUUAAAACUGAUAUUUUCAAAAUAAAGGAAGACUUUUCCCCCCCCCAUUGAUGGGGCAUUGGCUGACGACGUUCCCAUUUUCCCGCAGUUCGCCCUCUUUAUUUUAUGAAUAAUCUUUUAUUUAUAAUUUUUUUAUUGAAUUUUGAUCUGGAUCCAGCGUUGACAUUGUUCAAUGGAAGUAUGUUAUCAGUUGCCGGUUUUGCCUCUGGACAGGCCGGUCCCCAAGCAUGUUCUCAGCCGGAGGGGAGCCAUUAGCUUCAGCUCCAGCUCCUCUCUCUUUGGUGCCCCUGAUCCAAGACAGCUGUCACAGAGACGUGGGGCAAUCUCUUAUGACAGCUCCGAUCAAACCGCUCUCUACAUUCGUAUGCUAGGAGAUGUGAGAGUGAGAAGCCGGGUUGGCUUUGAACCAGAACGAAGAGGCUCUCAUCCCUACCUGUCCAUCGAUUUCCGAAUUUUGCACUCGCAGCCCGAAUCUGCAGGGCCCGUCUCUGCCCGGAAGAUCCGCAGGCUGCUCAGCUUCCAGAGGUACCUGCACUCCUCCCGCGCGUGUCGCGGUGUGACCCCCCAGAACCCCCUCCACAUCCUGGACCAUGACUACACCGGCCAGGCCAAGUGUAUGUUGGAGAAGGUUGGGAGCUGGAAUUUCGAUAUAUUUCUUUUUGAUAGAUUAACAAAUGGAAAUAGUCUUAUCAACUUGACAUUUCAUUUGUUCAAUCUGUAUGGAUUAACUGAGCUCUUCCAAUUAGAUAUGGUAAAGCUUCGUAGAUUUUUAGUGAUGGUUCAAGAAGACUAUCAUAGGCAGAACCCAUACCACAAUGCUGUCCAUGCUGCUGACGUGACUCAGGCCAUGCACUGUUACUUAAAGGAGCCCAAGCUUUCGAAGUCCCUCACCUCCUGCGAUAUACUCCUGGGCAUUUUGGCAGCGGCAACCCAUGAUCUGGACCACCCCGGUGUGAACCAGCCUUUCCUCAUCAAAACUAAUCAUUACCUAGCUGCAUUAUACCAGAAUACCUCAGUUCUGGAGAAUCACCACUGGAGGUCCGCGGUUGGCCUGCUCCGAGAGUCUGGAUUGUUCUCUCACCUUCCCUCUGAGGACAGGUUGGACAUGGAGAGGCAGCUGGGGUCCCUGAUUCUGGCCACUGACAUCAGCAGACAGAAUGAAUACCUGUCGAAGUUCAGGGAACACUUGGACAGAGAGGACCUCUGCUUGGCAAACGCUGGCCACCGGCACUUUGUCCUCCAGAUGGCGCUGAAGUGCGCGGACAUUUGUAACCCCUGCAGACCGUGGGAGCUGAGCAAACAGUGGAGUGAGAAAGUGACGGAAGAAUUCUUCCACCAAGGAGAUAUUGAAAAGAAACACAAACUUGAAGUCAGCCCACUAUGUGACAGCCAAAUGAAUUCUGUUGGAAAAAUUCAGAUUGGCUUCAUGACGUACGUGGUGGAGCCGCUUUUCGCCGAGUGGGCCCGCUUCUCGGACACGCGCCUGUCCCGGACCAUGCUGGGCUACCUGGGCCUGAACAAGGCGAGCUGGAGCGGGCUGCUGCAGGAGCGGGCGGGGGCGGCCGAGGGGACGGACUCCGCCGCGACCGCAACCGCGCCGACGCCCGCGGACGACACAAACUCCAAAGUUUUACCUCAGGGAAGCAAAGAGUCCUGACUCGCCCGACAGGCCCAGCCCCUCGGCAGAGAGGGGGCGGGCCGGUGGGAGGGUCUGCUGUGGACUGAACGGCUACUUCCACACCCAGCGCAACACCGUCACCACAUUGUAGUUGCAUUGACUCCCAUUUCGAUAAAACCACUGAUUUUAUUUAUUUUAUUUAAAUCCCCUCCCCCUUUUUUCCCUUGACACAGAGCAAUGCAUAGAUACCUCAUUUGGCUUCUGCUGUAUUUUGUGAGUUUUAUUUAUUAUUUUCCCCCCCACCUUGUACUUUUCUGGCAUUACUAAUUGAACACACCGCCCUUUUAAUGGAGAACGAAAGGGAACACCAUACCAGAUGCCUGGUUCUAGGUAAAAGUGCCAUUGAAAACAAUUUAGUUUUAAUUGCUUUGAAAGUGAUUUGUAAAACCUUGAGUAUUCAGAUACUGAGUUAAAGGCUGCAUAGAAAGCCUGGAAUGAUAAUGAUGAUGCAUUUGCAACAAAUCUUCCUCGUUAAGAGAAAAAAAAAAAAAAAAAAAACUCUGAAGAGCCCAAUUGUUUUGCUGCCUCUGAAGACUGUUUACAGGUGUCUUUUUGUUACGUGUAUUAAGAAAAGGAAUGAAGUCGGUUCUGUAAUUUGCCUUUAAAGCACAGAUUUGAAGAGCCGCUUUUUUUUUCCCUUUCGAUGAACUACAGAACAAACUUCGACCGCAGCUCAAUCCAGCGCACCAGAUGCCAUAAAAGCCUCAUGUGCUUCAUUAUGUUUUUCUCUUGCACUGUGAAACGAUGCGAUUUGGACACACACACACACACACAGCCCAGGUUUCAAUUCCGAGGUGACCGAGGAGGUGCGCUUCUUCCUCUAGGUAUCGGACUUUUAAAAUUGUCGCUCUUUCAGCGAUGGCGAAGCAUGCAGACAUCGCUGCCUUUCAACACUUGAACAAACCACUUUUUACGAGAAUGCCGCAGAUCUGAAUUUAAAAGAAAAGGAACGUUUGUUUAAAACACAGACCUCUCUCAGGGUUUUUGCCAACCUUUCUGGAUGAAGUUGUGAGCGGGUGGGACCCUGCGGUUUGCUGGCUGGCCCCGUCUCAUCGCCACGUUUAAAAGGAAGUAACUUUCGCUGAAGCCUCCCGACUGUCACAGCUGUGUGUGAACAUGCAAACCUGGAAGACUGAUACUGAUGCCUUAACUAUGCACAAAGCUAAGUGACCAAACCAGCUCUUACUUUCAAGUGCAUCGUGUCUUGUUCUCUAAAUGCACUGUACAACUGUAUUGCCUUUGGUGUGGACUUUUUUUUUUUUUUUUUUUUAAACAUUCGAGUGAUUUAUUUUUAACAUCACAUUCCAUUUUGUUUUUACAUUUUUGGUAUCGUUUGUAUAGUGGUUUCCCGUUUUGCUUUUAUAAUUGUUUAUUUUUUUUUGCUUUUAUAAUUGUUUUGUUUUUUUUUAAAACGAUACCAGGUGCUUAUUUUAGCCAAUUUGUAUUUUCUCUUGUAAUUGCUGUCAGACUGUUGAUGAAAACCUGUUUACAAUUUGUUGUAACAGCCAUUUUGGGGAGAAGACGUCAGUGUCAAGCCAUUUUGUAAAGGCUUUGCUGUAUUGACCUUUUGAUACAUGCCUGUUGCAGUUACAUUUUGAUUAAUAAAACAAGUUGACAAACUUCCAUCUUUCAACUUUAUUUCAAUUAACAAAAUUCUAAUCUAAAACCGGUAAAGCAUGAGAAAAUGCGGUAAAAUUGUGAAAACAGACUUGCCAGUUGUGCAUCCAGAUACAUUUUAACAUCUCUCUUUUGACAGCACUUGCAUAUUUCAGAACUCCCAACCAAUAGUAAUUUUGUGAAGAACUUGUCGGGCCCUGUCACCAGGUCAUAAGUGAACACUUACAAGGGGGGGUGUGCAUUCUGCUUGUUUUCAGAGGGACCAGUGUGCAAUACUGACAAAUUGGUACAAAAUUCAAUAAAGUAUGAGCUCUGAGGACAUGUAGCCAUGGAUGCUAAUUAUUAUUUUUUUGAAUCUGAAAUGAAUCAUUUGGAGUGAUGAAUGAGGCUAAACUUCUGCCCCCCUUGUUUUAAGUGAAGCAAAUGGCAGGUAUUAAACCUGUGGAAUUCUGGACAUGCCUCAAGCCUGGUGUCAAGCUUCACAUUUUUAAAGGCACAGCCAUGAUUUAUGACUUCAAACAUGUUUUCAUCAUUUUAUUUAAAUCCAGUCUUACCAGCAUUUAUUCCUUACAGACAGCUUAGCCGUGUAAUUUGGUUGCUUAAAUUACAUUUGGGGGGUUGGACACCACUGUAAUA